UUAUAGAUAUAAAAUAGUAAUACACCUGUAAUUAGUAUAUAGUCGGCUCCUGAUACAGGUGAAACAUACCGACAUUAUAACAUCAACAUGAAGACCUUCCUUAUCUUAGCUACCUGUCUGGUGUAUGCAAUUAGAACUGGGGCGACGGCUGCCUGUACCCAUGGAGCCUUUAUUCCGCAUGCUGAUUGCAGUAAAUUCUACAGAUGUAACUGGGGCAGUAAGAUAGAAAUAGACUGUCCACCUGGAUUACAGUUCAACCCAGCAGUUAGCGUUUGUGAUUGGCCGGAUAACGUCGAAUGUACAUCAGGUACCAACCCAGCCUCACCAAACGCCUGUGAUUCCAGUCCGUGUGUUAAUGGUGUUUGUUAUGAAAGUAGUACGACCACCAGUGGUUAUACCUGUUCGUGUGCUACUGGAUAUACUGGUGACAGAUGUCAAACAACUGCAGAUGAUAAGUGUGCAAGUAACCCAUGUGUACGAGGAACUUGUUAUAGCGGUACCUUUACCUUUACCUGUACCUGUCCUGUCAACUAUGGUGGCGAUAGAUGUCAAUAUUACGUGGGUUCCACUUACUGUAACCCGAACCCCUGUCAGAACUCUGGUCAGUGCACGGAAUCAACGUCCAACAGUAACGGGUUUAUUUGUUCCUGUGUAGGCUCUUAUACUGGAACUAGGUGUGAGACACCCAGUUCAGGGAAUACAGAAGUACUCUGUGCUUCAAAUCUUCCUGGCACUAACUGUUUAAAUGGCGGAGCUUGUGCUUGGUAUUACGGGUACUACUGCUCCUGUUUAUCAUCAUACACAGGCCCAAGAUGUGAAACACCUGUAGGAACUACAAAUGCUGUUUGUAACUCCAACCCCUGUGUAAAUGGAGGAGUAUGUUCGCCAUCAACAUCCGGUUAUACCUGCGCAUGUCCUAGUAAUUACCUUGGUAACAACUGUGAAACUUACAAUUAUUGUAGUAGCACACCGUGUAAUAAUGGGGGUGUAUGCUAUAAUGAAGUCUCCAACUAUAGAUGUGCUUGUCCUGAUAAUUACUCUGGACAAAGAUGUGAUACGUACACAGGUACAACUGAUCCGUGUGCAACCCAACCAUGUCAAAAUAACGGUAUUUGUGUAAGAGAUGCCGCAACUAGCUCGACUUAUACCUGUGCAUGCCAACUCAACUAUUCCGGCAAUCUCUGUCAAUUUUUCACAGGCCCAACUGAUCCGUGUGUAUCCGAACCAUGUCAAAAUAACGGUAUUUGUGUAAGAGAUGCCACAACUAGCUCGACAUAUACUUGUACAUGCCAACUCAACUAUUCCGGCGAUCUUUGUCAAUUUUACAAUCCUACUAAUCCUUGUGCUACAAGUCCCUGUGGAGUGGGCGGUAGUUGUGUACAGAUUAUUGGUUCGAUCUAUAGAUGUGAUUGUUUAGCUUUUUAUUCUGGUGAAAGAUGUGAAAUAUACACUCCCGCCAAUCCAUGUGAAUCCAACCCCUGUGGCACAGGAGGAAGUUGUCUACAGACAACUGGUGGAAAUUUCCAGUGUCAAUGUUUCUCCGCUUAUUCUGGUGAAAGAUGUGAAACAUACACUAACCCAUGCGAUAGUAAUCCUUGUGGUAUUGGAGGUGCCAGCUGUACUCCUACUGGAUCUAGUUUCUUCUGUUCUUGUAAAGAAGGUUAUUCUGGUUUCCGUUGUGAAUUCGAAAAUUUCUGUGCUGGUAAAACGUGUAGUAAUAAUGGUGUAUGUACAAGUCAGUCAACAGGGUAUCAGUGUACGUGUAACGAUGGCUUUAUUGGCGAAAACUGUGAAUACACGAAUUUCUGUGCCAGCAAUCCAUGUAUAAACGGUACGUGUUAUAAUGACGUCAACAACUAUAGAUGUGGGUGCCCAUUUGGUUUCGCUGGUAACCCAUGCAGAGAUUGUAGCAGUUUAUGGCAGUGUGCAUCGAAUCGUAAUGCGUACAUUGUACCGGACCCUAUGGAUGAUACUAAAUACAUCAUCUGUCAAGACGGCGCCAAGAUCACCAUCGACUGUAGCGUGGGUCAAAAAUUUAUUCCCAUGAAGAUCCAAUGCGAGUAAGCCAGAGGUCAAGGUCGUUAUGUAAAGUUCAAGGUCAUUAUACAAAGUUCAAGGUCGUUAUGUAAAGUUCAAGGUCAUUUAAUUUGAAUUAUACUUAUAUUAAACAUAAGAUGUAGAUUUCAGUUUAUUUGUAAAAAUGUGCUAAAGUUAUAAUUUAUGCCUGUAUGUAAUUAAUGUUGUUAUGUUAAUUGUGUUAAUGAAUACUCCGUUAAUCAAGAGAUUAACAAAAAAAAGGAAGAAAUAAAUGAAUCUUUCUUUUUAAUGAAUUGUGCUGAUUUUGUUAAACAUACAUUAUGCAACAGCUAAAUCUGCCUAUUGCAGGUAUUUCUUUAGGCCUGAAAUGUUAUCUAAAUUAUUAAUUAUACAUUAAUUAACUUAUCCAGACCAUAAUCAACUAUCGAUUGUGUCGGAUUGUCACUGGAUUUAAAACCGAUUUGCUGCUCAACCCCUUAUGGAUGAUUAAAUCCAAAAAUGGAUCAUCAA